AUGAUGUCACGCUACUUUUGGCUAUGUAUAGUAUUAAGUGCAUCAUAUGCAGUUGCUGUCGAGGUGAGUGUCUGUCAAGACGCCACAUAUGACAUUUCUGUAGAUGUAAAGACACUGUGUGCCGGCGCAGGCUCUAAGCCCACGGGCUGGAACUGUCCUAAAGCCGGUGACGUGGCUGUGGUCGACUGCCUCUCGACUCUUGCAUCGUUUAAAAGCGGAAGCUGUGUAGCACCCGAGGAUGCUGUAUGUGAAGUCGUGAAUGGAAACACGUGGGGAUGUGUGUUGCCUUCUGUGGGUUGCAAUCACACGCUGACAGAGAAGGUGGUUUCAUGUGAGACGUGGGACUACAGCGGCGACAUGUCAGGAGAUAGCUUCGGAUCGUUUGAUGGUAACGAGGACUAUGACGAGAGCUGGUUUAUGAAGACUACAGAACUGAGCAAGCUCACUAAUUGUGAAAGCAAUCCUACACCUGCACCGAUAACUUCAACGCCAAAAGCGACACCUGCGCCGACAACUACAACGCCACCUGCACCGAAAACUACAACGCCAAAAGCAACACUUGCACCUACAACUACAACGCCAUCUGCACCGAAAACUGCAACGCCUAAAGCAACAACUGCACCGACAACUGCAACACCCAAAGCGACCCCAUCACCUACGACGCGGACGACUACGUCUGCAGAUUCGAAAGGCUGUGAAAAGGAGGAAGAGAAAGAGGCGUCGAAAUUGACGGCAACAGGUGAUAAGGUUACAGACACUGAGAUAAAAGAGCAAACAUCAAUACCGCUACUGUGUUUGACACAGACGGUAAUGCCGGAGUCGACGCUGACUUCAACAAACAAUUCGAAACCGGUGCUGGCAAAGUGCAAUGAGUCGUUAAGUGACAUCUCUGACGUCGGAACCAAAGGUAACAACAAGGAGACGAAGCUUGAAGAUAAGAAUAGCAGGGCUGGCAACUCGGCGGUCGUAACGUUUGCAGCUGCAGAUGUUGCUCACUAUGGAAAGCUUAGUGAUGAGAUGCUGGAGGGAAUUGCAGCUGUGGUAGCUUUUGCUGCUGUUGUUGUGGCUGCCAUCUUGAUUGUGUACAUUAAGAAGCGACACAUGAAGGAAGAUGAGCUAGAAGAAGAAGAAGAGGAAAACGCAGAUGAUGAAGACGAGAACGAAGAAGACGAGGAUUCUGAGGGAGAGUUUCAAGAAUCUUCUCUGCUAGCUCCACCAACGCCUGGCGUGACGGCAGGAACAGUAGCGACAACGCCUGCAGCUGCCACCGCAAAGGCGACAUUACCAAUGAUCACACCGCAUACAAGCGCUUAA